GAGGCCCUGCCUCUCCCCUUCCCGGCCGCCGUAGUUGGAUUAAAAAAAAAAAAAAACGGUUACCCAGCAACAAGAAAUAACAACCGGAACCAUCGGCACCAGCUUGAGAGAACCCAGAGGUACAAUAGCCAGUUCCUUCCAAGGAGAUGUCGAUUCCAUUCUCCAACACCCACUACCGAAUUCCACAAGGAUUUGGGAAUCUUCUUGAAGGGCUGACACGCGAGAUUCUGAGGGAGCAACCAGAAAAUAUACCAGCCUUUGCAGCAGCAUAUUUUGAAAAUCUUCUAGAGAAACGAGAGAAAACCAACUUUGAUCCAGCAGAAUGGGGGGCUAAGGUAGACGACCGCUUCUAUAACAACCACGCAUUCAAGGAGCAUGAAUCACAUGAGAAUUGUGAGUCGGAAAAAGAAAAGUCUGGCACAUCUGUGAAAGAGGAAGAGACACCAGUCACAGCCUUAGAAUCUUCUGAAGAGGAAAAAGAAAAAGAGGAGAAUGCUGCUCUCAAGAUCCAAGCAGUCUUCCGGGGACACUUAGCCAGAGAGGAGGUGAAGAAAAUAAAAGCAGGUGCCCCUCAAGAAGAGGAAGCAGAGGGAAAUGAGUGAGGACAGGGGUUUUAUGCCCCCACUCCCAAGAAAAAAACCUGAACAAAUAAUCCAAAUCCAUCAACCUUUCUGUGAUCGUUGGUUUUUUUCUUAGCAAGGGAGCUGUGGUGUAGUGAAAUAACAUUUGUUGCUGUUGUGAAAAUCUGUCAUGAGCAUUUGUUUAAUAAACAUGCCAUUGAACACAUGCCUCUUCAAGA